GAGCCGGGGGUGUGACGUCACUCUCCCAGAAUGCACGGCUUCCAGCGCGGCGCCCAGCAGUCCAGGCCCGGACUCCAAUAAACAUCUUGAAAACUUGUUCCAAAAUGUCGAUAUGGAGACGGAAUGAAGGCUGGAUGAAGAACUGUACUGAGGCAAAAUCGUAGCAGUGGACAGCUUGGAGAGUUGAAGGUUUAAAGUCUACAAAGAUGUUGAGCUGCCUCUGUGAUUCAGCUGCUGUGUUCAGGGCUGCUGAAUACUAAUAUAGACUGUCAACGGGCCAACACGAGCUCUUCUCAGGAAACAGAGUUCCAGUCAGAGCUUCCAAAGCUCCUCAUCACCGCAGCCCUUUUGGGGUUGCUAUGGCAGCUGCUGUCACAGAAACCAAGUGCUGGACACAGGCUUGCCCCAGCAAGGCAGGACAGACCACUAGUCAUUGCCGCAAGAAACCAUCAAGAAACAGUCGUCAAACAGCACUUAACAUUAAUUCUAGCACUCUAAGUUAUCAAAACGACCAGAGGUCUGUAGGCUGAUGGUCAGCACUCUAACAAUCCUCAUGAGUCUUGUCUGUGUCUGCUCAGGCUCUUGGCCAGAGUCCCUGUGCAGCAGCAGAGCCAGUACUCUUUCUUCUGUUAGACCAUGUUCCACGAGCAGGACCAUCUGAAGAACCAGCUGCAGGAGAGCCACUCAGCCAGCAGGCAGCUCUUUCACUGCCAGGAGUGUGGGAAGCAGUACAACACUCAGCUGGGUUAUAGACGCCACCUAGUGGCAGUCCACAGUGCUGUGGCUGGCUUGCCCUGCCCAGAGGCGGCGCCCUCCCUGCUGGAGCACCUUGGUGGCCAUACAGACAGGCCGCCACCGUUAGAGGGCAACACUAAUGCUGCUGUGCCAGUAAGAGAGAGGAAGUACUCGUGUGAGCGAUGUGACCGCCGUUUUUACACUCGUAAGGAUGUACGUCGUCAUGCUGUAGUACACACUGGGCGCCGUGAUUUCCUGUGCCCGCGCUGUGCACAACGCUUUGGCCGCAGAGAUCACCUGACCCGCCAUUUGAAGAAGAGCCAUGCCCAGGAAUCAGGGUUGUUGCCAGCCUGUACUCCCAGUACUCGUGUGCCUACACCGACGCCUGCCACCCAAUGCCCAGUAAAGGAGGAGCCCAGCCCUGUGACCUCUGAUAUGGGCUCCAUCUCUAAGGAGCCCAUGGAGACUUUUUCCAGGGACAUGUACAACUCCUACCCCAUGCCCAAUCCUGUCCCUGGGAUGGGCCACCCUCAUGGCCUCAUGCAGGGCUCCUUGUCCUCAAGCAUGGGUGUGGGUCGCCACAUGCCCCCCCAAUCUUCUCACCCCCACCACCAUCAUCUGCAGCCUCCAGCAGCUCCACAGCAGCAGCACUACAACAACAUGGCCAGGUACCAUCACGGAUCUACCUCAUAUUCCCGCACUGAUGUGGACAGUUUCCUGCUGGACCUGCAGAGUGCCCCCCCACCUCACCUGAGUGCUGUCAACUCCUCUACCUCUACUUCUGCCUCCCCCCAGAGGGAGGUGCUGGGUGAAGGAGUAGGUUCUGGUAGUGACCCACACCUACUGUGCCGGAGCCCUGCUGUCUCCUCAGCUGAGCUGUCCUGCACCACCAACAUGGACCUUGGGCCUCUGCUGGGUUUCUUGCCUUUCAGCCUGCCACCCUACAGCCCUCACAUGGGUAUGGGAGGGUUAGUGAUGAGCUAUCCACCCGCCACCACAACCACUUCCUCUCUAUCCUCUUCCACAGGGCUCUCCUCGCAGGCCCCAGGGCCUUUCACCUUCUUCCAGCCUCCCCAGGCUCAUGUACCCCAGGGCCCUGGAGCCCACAACCACAGCCAACUACCUCAGGCAUACAGCAGUCCUGCUAUGAGCACUUCUAGCUCCCUACCUCACUAUUAUCAGGCCUUUCAGCAGUAAGCAACUCUGUCCCCACAAAUGUUGCCUUUGACGCGCUCAUGGAUUUUUCAUGAAAAGGGUAAAACAUGAGAACGACAUCUUUUUACUGUCAAACAAAUUUGUUACUUUAUCCUGUCGGUGCUUAUGAUGCUAAUCUUAGUAGUUUUUUGUUGAACACAACAAAUCACCUCAUCAGUAUUACCUCAUUAUUUAAAAAGGAAGCUUGAACGUUUGAGGAAAUGUAGAUGGCCUCACUACAACCAAAACAGAGUAUCUCUUUUCAUAAGACUUGUUACCGACAGUGGAUGCACUUAACACGCUUGUAGCAGGUUCUGCACAAUGCUGAGAUUCAUCCAGUUUUAGGUUUUAUCCAGUUAUGUAUCAUGUUUAAGAAAAUGUCACCCUCUUUACUGAAGCUUAAUUGAGUUUUUCUCAUUUUAGAAUAUUGGAGCAUAAACAGCCUUACAGAAGGAGAAAAGUUGGUGUAAGAUGUACUUGGUCACAGUUAGUGAAUACAUGCAAAAAGUGAUUGAUAAUUGCAAACUCAGCAACACUGUUUGUGUAUGUGCUCAAUGCACUAAAACAUGCAGUAAGGAGCUGCCACUCAUUCAGCAGUACACCAACUGAUGUGUCCAAGUGCGCCACCAGAUAGAAAUAUAAAAUAACCAAGUUUCAUGAUGAACUAUUAUUUCAAAUGGUGUAAAUUUAACCCUUAAUUCAGAAUUAAGCCUUGUUAGAAUUUGGCCUAUUUUUAAGUAUCUGUAAGUACAUUCAAUAGACUGCAUUUACUAAAUUUUGAGAAUACCCUAAACCUAUAUAUGCAAUCUAUUAUUAGUUAACUGAACAACUAGUUAAUCAAAAAUUUCACUAAUCGUUAAUGGAAUUGAAAUGCAAAAGCAUUUGAGUUACAUCAGUCUCAAGUUCUGAUAUAUUGGAAAAGUGUAAUGAAGUGGCUCUUCAAGCUCAAAUUCCACAUUGGAAGCCGUAAGUAGUGUUAGAUGCAGUUAUUACAUCAGCAUGGUAAAACAAACACUAAUUCUACAUAGCCACUUUUUUCCUUUUUUUCUAUAUUAUGUAGCAUCACUAGAUAAAAAUGCACUUAUGUUUCAUUUUCAACACUGCAGGUCUUUAAAGGUCAAAGCCAUACUAAAUCACAAAAAGCAGAAAGUUGCCACUCCACUGCUGUCUAUGGGUAAAAGUUUUUUUUAAAACCUUUUUCUAAAUAUCUGACCAUUUGGGCCAGAGCAUUUGACAUUUAGAUACCGUUAGAUACCGUUCAGACAGAUAAGUGUUGCUAAGAUGAAAUAUUCUUGAACUCUGUACACUUUAUUAUUUAAGUAGUUCCGUUUUUGGGACACAAUACACAUCACCCGUUAACUGGAACUGGCACCCAAUGGGUGAACCAAUUUGAAAUCCCUGCUAAGCUUUCUUGGUGUCAGUCACAACUAAUUUGUUUCUCCCCUCCUGCGAUGCUGUCAGCUUUCUUAUUGUGUCUUGCACCUCUGUACCUGAGUGGGGCUUCUGAGAGCAGUGCAUUAGCUGUAUGACGCUUAAAGCCUUUGAAUCUACUGUGUUAAAUGGUAAACAGGGAAUUCUGAAAUGUUCAGUUGCUGACACUCUGUGCCAACCAUAUCACUGAUAUCAGGGCUGCUGCCUGUCCCUUUUGAAGAGUACAUAGAAAUACAUUCUUUUCCUAAACAUGAUGAAAUUAUCUCUGAUAGCCAUCUCACAGAACCCACAUUCAGGUGUUCAUCAAAUUUGUUAUGGAAAUAAUGAUGAAAAUUAUGAACUUACCUGGUGGUAGGCAAUAUUUUAGGGAAUUUUAAUGUGGGAGAAAAAGUAUGUCAGGAAAGUAUGAAGUAGCAAAACAUUUAUGACCAGAUUAAGGACUGAAUGUCCAUGUUCCUGAACUGCGACACUUAAUGGCGUCAUGCUUCUCCAAAGAUGCACGUAAACAUCUCAACAGAUCUAUGCAGAGAAAGGUGUUAUGGGUAAUCGUAAGUCACAGAGGAGCCAACAUGCACACCUUCCGAAUCUCAAAAACACAUUGUGAACACGUGCGUCAAACAAGCUGACUGGUUGGUUGAAUUCUUGUCAGGUUCCAAACAGAGAUGAAAACAAAUGUAAACGUACUACAGUGCAAUUUGAAAGUAUUCAGUAUUAUGUUAUGGUGUAGCCAUAUGUUAAAAUAAAAUAAAAAUAAACGAUUUGGAAAGGCACACCCCUUUACUAGAUAACGCCUCACAGCUGACAAUACAUAUCAGAGCAAAAACCAAGCAAUGAGGUUGAAGGAACUGCCUGCUGAGCUCAGGAUUGUGUUGAGGCAA